AUGGCACCCAAGAAAAUCGAAUCAGCUGAAGCCAAGAAGAAGCUGGAUUCAUUUAUCCAACAAGUCACCGUACUCGACGAAGCUGCCGUGGAGGUGCGUAUCGAACAAGUGGAAAGGGUGGAAAAAAGGUUUGAUGCUCUCUACGCGCAACUAGAGGACAACGACGCUAAUGAUAUUUUAGCGGAAUUUACCAACCACUAUAUCGAGGUAAAAACCAAGCUGACACGUCAGCGGCACGCUUGCCAAGCUUCCGAAGCUCACAGCUCAACGACGCGGCCGUUUGCUGGCGAUCAAACUUCAAUUAUUGUCUCUCAGCCAAAGCAGAGGUUACCGGUGUUGCAAAUUCCAACGUUCAACGGUAAAUAUUCGAAUUGGCCGGAUUUCUUCUCGAUGUUCAACACCGUUGUACAUCAGGACGUAGAUCUAACAAGAAUUGAGAAAUUCCAGCACCUUCGGUCAAGUCUACGUGAUGCAGCGUUGGACACCAUUCGUUCAUUAGAGAUAAGUGAACAAAAUUAUGAUAAGGCUAUUGAUUUGCUAAGAGCCAGAUUUGAUAAUAAACGAUUGAAUUUCCAGGCUCAUAUCAGAGAUAUUUUUCAGCUCAAGAGGGUAGAGGGUGAUAGGGUUGCCAAACUUCGAGAACUCAGCGACACCGUAAAUGCUCAUUCGCGAGCAUUGCAAACUAUGGGGACAAAGGAACAAAUUGCUGACUGCUUACUCAUUCAACUAGUGUCCCAAAAUUUGGACGUCAAAUCUCGCGCGAAAUGGGAGGAACAAACACCUGUAAGCGAAAUACCUACAUGGAAUUCAAUGGCUAGAUUUUUGGAACAUCGCUGUCAGCAACUGGAAAAUGUAGAGAAUGUCCUUGGACUUCCGGAAAAACAGGUAGGCAAGAAAUUGUCAAAUCAGAUCAGUCGUAAGGUGCUUUUAACGGCAGCUGUAGCUGGAUGCAUAUUGUGCAGUUCUAGCGAACACAGAAUCGCAAGGUGCAAGCAGUUUCUAAGCCUUUCGCCCACCAUGCGCUAUAAAGAAGCAAAACGGUUAAACCUAUGCUUGAAUUGCCUUCGAGUCGGGCAUUCACUUAAAGACUGCAAGUCAGGACACUGUAGACAUUGCACGUCGAAGCAUCACAGUCUGCUCCAUCAAGACACAAAUUCCUUUCCUACAACUUCACAGCCAAUUGCUUCUGAUAAACCGCCGCAGCUAUCAUAA